ACCCAGUCAGGUCUGAGCUCCAGGCAGGAGAGCCAUCCUGACUCGAGCUCCUGCCGCAAGGCCUCUCACCUCUGCUUGGGCCUGGAGGUGGCUUUCUCAGGGUCCAGGAUGCAGAAGUGGGGGCUGUGGGUCACAGCCCUCCUGAACCUCCUCUCCGCACAGGCCUUUCCGCAAACUGACAUCAAGAUCAGCCCAGCUGUGCCAGAGCUGCCUCAGGCCUCCCUGUGCCCACUGUUCUGGAUGGAGUUCAAAGGCCACUGCUAUAGAUUUUUCCCUCUCAAUAAGACGUGGGCCGAGGCUGAUUUCUACUGUUCUGAAUUCUCCAUCGGCAGGAAGUCCGCCAAACUGGCCUCCAUCCACAGGGUUUCUUGCCUUUGCAGCUGGGAGGAGAAUGUCUUUGUGUACGACCUCGUGAACAGCUGUGUGCCCGGGAUCCCAGCUGACAUCUGGACAGGGCUUCACGACCACAGGCAGGAAGGGCAGUUUGAAUGGACAGACGGCUCAUCCUAUGACUACAGCUACUGGGAUGGGAAUCAGCCAGACGACGGUGUCCACGCAGACCCAGAAGAGGAAGAUUGCGUGCAGAUAUGGUACCGGCCCUCCAGCGGUGAUUUCAGCCGUCCCUGCCAUCAUCACAAAGAACAUCUCACUGUUCACGCCAAUCUUGAGAAGGAAAACGAUGAAUAUCGCAGAUGAAGAAACCGAGGCUCAGAGAAGUUAAAUGAUUUGUUCAAGGCUGCACAGCAAACCUGGAGCUGGGUUCGAACCUGUAUCUGCUCCAGAUCCAAUCACCGAACCGCUGCUAUUUGCUCUUUGCGCCUUUUUCUUUUUCUGAUUAGGGGAGGGAGGCAUGGAACAGUGACUUGUUUUCCUGGGAGCCAUCCUGGAGCCUGGGAGCCAGAGCUGGACCAAGCCCCUGGGUGAGGCUUGUCCUGCCUCUCCAUGGGGGCAAGUCCGGACCAACCUUAUGAGCGAGUAAGGCUGGACAGCCGCCUCAUCAAGCAUCAGCCAGAAGGGGAUGCCAGUGUAGACACGAGGCUUCUGGGAGAGGACUUUUACUCUGGAGAGUGCCGGGGUUACUCUUACGGUGGUGGAUGGGCCUUCACCCAAAUUCCCUG